GCCAGCACAAAGUCGAGGUCUUUCAGGCGGCCUUGAUGGCACCGCUAGCAGGUCCGCUCUGGCUUUCAGCAGCCCGAUUCUCAAAAACAGUCGGAGAAGCGCAAGGGAGAGUUCUUCACAGCGGUUCGGGAGCUGCAAGGUUUGCUGGACAAAGGCAGAAGCAAUGUAAAGGAAAUGGGAGUGAUCCUCGAAGAGGCACUUCAGGCAACAACGCAGGAAAGGGAAGCUGAGGUUUCUGAGAAUCUCAAUAAAUUGGUCGAGGAGACCAACCAGCAAGUGGCCGACGUGAAGCGUGGCUUGGAGCUUCUGAAGCUCCGCUCAGAGGAAGAAGCUGCGAAGCAGCCGAAUUCUGCGCAAAUUAAAAUCAGGACAAAUAUGCAGCAGGCGAUGGCCAAGAAGCAUCAACAGCUCCUCAUGGACUUUCAGAAGGCCCAGAUGAACUUCAAGCGCACCUUGGAGAAGCGGCAGCUCCGGGAAAUGCAAAUCCUGAUGCCAGAGGCAACAGAGGAGCAGCGCCAAGAGAUGAUUUCCGAUGGACAAACUGCAGCUUUGAUGGUCGCAAAGAAGAUGGCCGGCACACAUGCUUUGCUGCUAGACGAGGUUCGCCGUAUCCAAGACAAGCACAAGGACAUUGUGCGUUUGGAGCAGAGCAUCGCUGACUUGGCACAGAUGUUCGAAGAGAUGGCAGUUCUUGUGGAUGCACAGGGGGAGAUGCUGGAUGCCAUUGAGGUUCAUGUGAACAACACCAAAGGCUACACGGCCAAAGCUGAGCAGGAACUCAUCAAGACACGCAAGUUGAUGCUGCAGGGCCGCAAGUGGACGUGCUGCUUGUCCAUCGUCAUCCUAAUUGUUCUUCUUAUCAUACUUGGCCCGAUCCUCAUCAGGUAGAUCUGGGACUGGAGCGCAAAUAGGUGCAACCACCAAUGAAGAAAGCUUCUAGUGUGUACAGCGCACCAUUUGCAGUGGCACAUUCUGGAAAGCCAGAAGAGCUGGACAAGGAUGUGCGCAGCUUUGCACAGGAUUUCGCGCAGUGAACACCAUU